CUUAUUAAUCACGCAUGCGCCGUAGAAUUGAAGAAAAUACCAAUAUGGCGGCGGUUAGUCCAGGAUAAUAGUUUCUUAAAACUUGAAGAGAUUGAGAUAUUGAUUGAUCAGGAUGACACAUCAACUUCAGUUAGAGAAGGAAAAAUACAGACAGUGGGUAAAGGCUGGUUUAGGACUUGGAUAUUUAAAGGAGGGACUGGCACCAUUCUGUAAUGACAUAGCUGACCAACAACAUAAGGAUAUUUUACAAACCAUUCGCUCUACAAAAUCAAUACCAUCAACUGUGACAUGUUGCAGCUGUCAAGUUGAAACUCUCAAACCAGACCAUAAGCCAGUACCUGGGAAUGCUGGAAACAAAGUUUGUCCUCUUGGGCAAGUAAAAUGCAUCUGUUGCUUUAAGGGCAAAAUUGCUUGUCCGAGCAACAUAUGUGGCGCCAUCUAUGACUAUAUUGUGCAGCAUCAUGCUUCCUCACCACCUGCACCUAACUGGAAAAUCAGUGAUGCUCAACAGUGGGUGACAGAUCCUUGGAGCAUUUGCAAGUGUUUUAUUAAUGCUCAAGGGUACGAACAGACGCAAUCUGCUGGUGAAUGUGAUUGUACUGGGUUAUUACAUCUAAUGAUAAAUAACCAGUAUUUUCAUAGCCACGUUGGAUGCAAUGUCACAGGAACAAACAACCUUUUUUCAAAGGUGCGUCAGUAUAGAAAUAGUAUUUUCCACUCAAGCAGUAUGGAAUUAGAAGAAAGUGAAGCAAAUACUUACUUAGAUGAUAUGAUAGCGGUUCUGCAAGAUGGUAAAGAGCUAUUACAACGAUCAGAUGCCCAGAUAGCGGUGAAGAAACUUCAAGAUCUGAAGAAGAAGGACUUCAUUAUGACUACUGAAGGCUUUGAAGAAAUUCUUAGACAAAUAAGAGACGAAAUGGCAAAAGUUCUAAAAUCGACAGAAAAUGCUGCAACUAAAGAGGAGUAUGAUGAUCUGAAGAAGAAGCUAAUAGACCUUGAAGCUAAGAUGUCUGACAAAGAGGAGGGAAGACUGGAAAAUGAAAAAGAACUUGCAGAACUAAAGAAAACAAUUACAGAUCUUGAAUCACAGAUGUGUAAAGAAAAGAAGGAAAAGCUUGAGAUGGAAAUUGAGCAAGUUAAAUUGAAAAACAAACUUACAGUACUAGAUACUCUUGUUAAAGAACAGAAAGAGGAGAUGGCAAAACUUAAGACAGAAACUUCCUCAGGUCAAAGUCAGGCGGAUUAUGAGCAAACCAAGUUAGAAUGGCAGAAAGAGAUGAUAGCAUCAUACUGUAAGAAUUUGCUAAAAGUACCAGCAAUGCCUUUACUACCACGAGGUCAGAAAUGUAACUUCAGUGAGAUUUAUGUUAGGCCCACUAUAACAAGAGAAAUAAAAGGAGAGAAAGGGGAGACAAAGGAGAUUAAGAUCAAGUCAAUGUCAGAUAUCUUCAUAAAGAAUGGUGUGCCUUUGAAGCAUAUAUAUGUUCUUGGAGAUGCCGGGUCUGGUAAGAGUAGUUUCUGUAAAUAUUUGGUCAACUGUUGGUGUAAAGCACACAAUGAUGAACAAAAUGUAAAAGAUGAGUUUGAUGAGGUUAAGGAAAUGAAGAAAUUUGAUUUCAUGUUUUAUAUCUCGCUUAGAUAUAAUCAAGACAUAGACAGUGUCCAAGAUAUGAUUAAAAAUCAGUAUGAUAUUGACAUUUCAAGCCCAAAUCACAAAAAGGAAUCUGCAAAGAUCAUAAUAUUGCUUGAUGGCUUAGAUGAAUGGUCUUCUGAAAGAAAGUCCUACAAUCAGUUCCAGACAAUGGGGCUCCCAAAACAGGAUGUUAAUAAAGACUACACAAUCAUAACUACAUCACGGCCAUGGAAAGUUCACACCUUGGGAAUAAGUGAGACAGAAAUUGAACAAUUACUGAAUCUAAAAGAGUUUGAUUUGAGAUGUGAGUGGGAAAUGGUAGGAAGAACUGUCUCGCAGUUAAAUUCCAUUAGGCAUGCCAGUAAACUUGCCUGGGUUUGUAAACAAAAGCUAAAAGAAAAGUCUCUGAAAAGUUUAAAACAGGUACCAAUUAUGCUACAACAACUGAUAUGUCUAUGGUUUGAUGGGAAACUCGAUAAAACCUCAAGAUGUGCCAUCUACACCGGUAUGUUAGAACUUUUCUUUACAUGGAAUGACAUGAAAACUACAAGAACAAGUACUCGACUCAUGAAGGGUGCUCAGAAAGUAGAUCUUCCUAAAUACUUAGCCAAUAGAAACAUAUUAAGAUUAAACAGCCAUUUCAUUUAUGAAGUAUCACAGUUGGCUUAUGAGACACUAUUUAAUUGUCCAAAGGAUAAAUCCUUGAUAUUUGACAUUUGUAUGUUUGAUGAUCUAGAAAUAUCAGCUGAAGUAAGAGAAAAUGGCUUGAAACUUGGAAUAAUUACAGAAGAUGAAUGUCAAAAUUUUUCUGUAUCAGAACCACCAAGCUCAUUGUUCUCUUUUAUUCACAAAUCAAUUCAAGAAUUUCUGGCUGCAGUGAAUAUUGGUAUCAAUUUCAAUGCAAAAAUUUGUUCAUCAGAUUGUACAGGAAAUGAUGAAUUAGCCAAAAAUUUUAUUAAUGAGGUUUUUCAGAAAUGUUCAACAGUAAAUGACAUAUUAGAACAGUCAAAUGUUGUAAUUAUGCUAUGUGGUCUUGAAUCUAGAUUAGCACAGCAUGUUUCAAAAUACAUAUACGAUACUGUGUCAAAAGACUAUCGUAUUCAGGAAUACAGGAGAACAAUAAAUACUAACAUAUAUAUCCCUAUUGAUUGUAUUAUUGAUAUUCAAAAGCUUUUUUUUGAGUCAAUGAAAGAAUUAAAUGCAUCAUGUAGUAUAGGAAGUAAUCCUGUAUUUUAUAUAGGAGAUUUGGUCAUUCAUGAUAGGGAGAAUCUUGAUAUUGUUUGUUCAAGUAUUGAUCAGAAACAAAUUGUUCCUUACUCUGUUCUAUCUGUUAAUGUAAUUAGCAUCAACACAGAAAAUGUUAAAUUUACAAAAUAUUUGCCAAUGUUUCAUCAUCUUGAAAUAAUUGCAAUAAGAUAUGGAAUUGAUUCACAAAGGUUAUCAAGUAUACAAAAUGAUAGUACACAGAGUGGUAAACAGAGGAUUAAUGAGAUUAGCAAUUGUGUUUGUGAGACAAUUAAAGUAAAUACUUCAACAUUAAAAUAUCUGUCUCUUGAUGAUGUCUUUUACACUGACAGGUAUUACCCAGAUUUUAGAAACCUACCUAGUAUGAUCAAACUUGUAGCAAUAAGAAUGACUUAUUUUACAAUGAGUCAUGAUGAUACUACUACAUUUUGUAAUUUUCUUGAGAGAACCAGCCAUCUUGAACAAAUACAUCUUAGCUAUGUUAAUUGUAAGUGUAGGAACCAACAUGAUGUAAAUUUAUCUAAACAUCAACAACUUCAGUACCUUCAUUUAUAUGGUACUGUUAGUGUGAUAGAUGUUGAUACUACAAACCUUGAAAUAUUUGAAUUUGAUAAAUUGAGAGAUAUUAAUUAUGAGAAUUUUUUUUAUAUUAUUACAAAAUCUAACAGAUUAAAAGAACUAAAAUUGACAGGAGAUUAUUGCAAUAAAUCUCAAUUAUAUCAUACCAACAUAACAGAGAGACUAGUCACAGUAUUACCAUUGUUACACAAUCUCAGUGAGCUUAACUUAUAUGAAUGUAAGUUAACUGACAAUAUAAUACAGUUACCUUUAGAGAUGAAAAGUUUAAAUAACAUUAAUCUUCAUUGUGUAAUAAUGAGUUUGACAACUUGGCAGAAAUUUGUUGAUAGUCUUCCUCAGAUUCCUCAUACUGUAGAUGUGAGUGUAUGGCGCUGUCAUAUAACAGGAGAUGGUGAGGCGUUUAAUGAUUUUAGGUCAACAUUGAUACAUGGAGGAGGAGAGAUAAAAGAUGCUAAACAGUAUGUAAAAGACCAGGAUCAGUUAGUUCAUGUUAAACGUGAUGGUAAUGAUUUCUUUGACUUUUCAACUAAAAAGUGAUAAAAUUAUCCAAUUAGUCACAUAGUGUUUGAACAUUAAUUGUUGUUGAUUUACCUUUUCAACAAAAGAAAAUGGUUUGAAUUUUUAACAUAGUGAGAUAAAAUACAUGCAGUUUACAUAGUGUUUGAACUGAAUUAUUUUAUGUUAAAAGUCACAAUAAAUUGGUUUUUUUAUUUUCAUCAAAAAAGUGAAACCUAUGACAUUUUAGUUAUUGAUAUAUAUAUAUAUAUAUUGUUGUAAAGUUUGAGGAUGAAUAUAAUGCAUUAUGAUUACAAUCAUCAGAAAUCAUUUUUUAUUGAAUAUUGAUAUCUGGUCAUUGUUACAAAACAUUAAUAAUAUUGAAAUUGCAGAAAUUUAUAUUCAAAUUGUGUUUAUUAAUUAAUAAAUGAAAGAAAGGCAGUGAAUUUACGAGAAUAGAUAUAUUAACCUUAAUGAAGGUAAAUGUUCUUUUCUAAAGAUCAGGAAUAAUUUGUGAAAAUAAAACUGAUUUUAAAAAGUAAUGUUCUAAUUAUAAAUAUAUAAAUAAAUAUAAUGUAUAAAUUAACAAGUAAAUAAAUUAAUGAAUAAAUAAAUUAAAUGGAAAUAUCAUACCACAGAUCCCGGGUGUAGAUUUUCCAAGGUUUUUGGCUCAAAAUCCUUGGAAAAAAACCUCGGAGUAUUGGAACGAGAAAUUUAUGCAAAACUUUGCUUUUAAGAAAACCUUGGAAAAAUAGGGAGACGGUAUAACACCUUGUAAAAAAUUUCCGAGGUUUUUUUAAUAAAAAAAACCUCGUAAAAAGUAUGACCUCGGAGUAUUGGAACGAUUUCCAAGGAUUUCAGAAUAAAUACCUCGUAAAAUAAUUUCCGAGGAUUUUUUUAAAAAACCUUGUAAAAUUGGUGACCUAAGAGUAUAGGAACGAUUUCCAAGGAUUUUUAAAGUGUUUCCGUGGUUUGUUUUCCAAGGUUUUCAAAUGAAAACCUCGGAAAGUUUCUCAAAACUGGGAAUACUGUAAUUAUUUCCCGAGGAUUCUUACUAAAGCAUCAAGAUCAUUUUCCAAGGUUUACUUGAGCAAAAACCUUGGAAAUUUCUAGAAUAUCCAUGGAAAAUCAGAAAAUAUAACAACCAAUGAAAUAUUCUGAAAAGAGCAAUUAUAUUGUCCUUUUAAAGAAUUAAUAAACUUCUUUAUAAUAAUACAGAGCAAAAAAUGAUCACAUGACUCACUGAAACAUUUAAUGUCAGUGUGAAGUAAAUAGUAAUGCACUACAAAUGAAAAAUUAAGUUAGAAGUCUUUAAUGGUAAAUAUUACACUCAAUGUUCAGUUAUAAUUUUUUUGGUACCCGGCAAAUUUAUAUAUAUUCAAAUAUUAAUCUAUUGAAGUCCUGUUCACUCUUCAUGAUUUUAAAGUGUCCCCAAAUUUUCCCUCACCGUCACAGGGGUCACAUGUGGAAAAUGCUUGGAUACAAUUCCUGAAAUAAAUAAAGUUAAUAUUUAAUAAAGUACAGCCAUUGAAAGAAGUUAGAAAAAAAAUUACAUGUACGAUAUAUAUAAUAUAUAAUCACUACUGGGCGCAAAUCCCUGUCCAUGUGGUCAGGCUCAGCGACUUCAAACUUGCCUUACAACAUUGUAUUUUUGACUCUUGAAAACCAGGACGGGCUUCUUCCCUCUGAGGGAGCUAUCCAGCCCAGGAUUAAGGAACAGCUGAGGUUAUACUUAGGACAGUACAGUAUGUGUAGGCAAUCAGAAUUACAUCAUUUAAUUUCUUUUUUAUUCAUCAAUAAAAAAAUGAUACUUACCUAACGUUUCCAUCUAUAUUAUUAUAUAUACAAAAAUAUCAGUUGAUUUAUUGUUUUAAAAGAUCAGCACUUGUGUGUAAGGAAAUAUAUCUCUUAAGUGAUCCAAAACUACUUAAAUGACAAGUUGUUUAGAUAGCCUUUGUUUAAAAUGAAGGCUUCAAUAUUUUCAAAUGAACUUUUCUGUAGUUACUUUAAAUUAAUGUUUGUCUAAUUUGUUUUGAAAUAAUGAAUUUAAUUUUUUUCAUGUUGAUUUCUAUUUUUUCUUCAUCUGUAUUUAGUGUCAAGAUUUCAAGAAAAACUUUUGUUAGCAUUGUGACAAUUCUGCGAUGUUCAGAAAAGAAGCAACGUCUGUUACUAUUAUUUUAGAUUGUACAACCUAAAGCACCCUAAAUAUAUUGCAAAAAAUAACGCUUUUGAACAUAAGGUGAUUCUGAAAUGUGUUCCUGCAGCAGUAAAGCUGAAGAGUCAUCUGAUAUUACAUUUACAGCAUUUCCUACAAAGUAUCAAUAAAAAAAUCAGUUCCAGAAACCAUCAUUCAUUCCAAUUUCAAAUUGAAACAGUUUCUAAACCUAGUUUUAUAACAAAAACAUACUGUAGUAUAUUCCUUGAAGCCUUUCCUGGUCUACAGUUGGCUUCCUUUGCACCAAUGCCAAUGACUUUCCAGUAUAUUCCUCUGCUUUAUACUAUGAUAAAAGACGGCAAAGCUGGAUUGCCAUUUUCUUGUAGUUUGGAACACCUGCAAACUUGCUUUCAAGCUGACUCUGUUAUAUGAAAGUUUAUGAAUUAUGUCAUCAUAGUUUUAUGCACUUAUCUUGUGCAAUACAAUCAUAGACAAACAUAACAUUUAUACUCAUAAAAUAUCCAUUAAACAAUUGUAUUUAAACUAGCUUACAAAGGUUAAAAAUAUAGAUCUAAAAUAGUUUGUAUUUAAUACUUAUUUGAAGAAAAAACACAGUUUUUCUGCAUAAAUGUAUCUAAAAGUUAUUUACCUGAACCUUUUUACUAUUAUGUUUCUUUUGUUUAUCUUCCUGUCUCAGGUCAUUCAUCUUUUAAGGUUCAAUUACAACAACCAAACAUUUCCUAAAUCUUGUCACACU